GCCAGCAGAAAAUGAAUCGGAAGUAUUACUUUUCUUUUUUCGUGAGUUUAUUUUUCCAAAUCAUUCUGCACUUAGUAGUGUUGAAUGCCCCAGCCGUGCGAGAUCACAGUGUCGACAGUUUGUGGAAUGAAUAGGCUUAUCAGCUUGAUUUGAUGAAACAGGGUGCCGACUGUGUGGAAAACGUUGCACCGGCUGAGAGCAGACUGAUGGAGAAGGCAGAGCGGUCCUGCCCCCCUCAAUGACCAUCUUCAGCUGCUAGCGAUAAAAGUUCUCGCUGGCGACACUCUAACUAUGGGCCAGUACCAUGAAAUCCCUUAACUACUGCUGCCACUAAGUCGGUCGUGGAACUCUUUCACAAUGCCCGGCUGCUGGUACAGCUGGAAGCUCACAGUAGCCUGAUAGUAACGUUACAGGCCUGCUUUUACCAUCUCGAAAUUUCUUGGCAGGUGAGAGCAGGCCAGCUAGCACUGCUAGCGUUAGCCUUUUCCGCACUGCACCUGUAGUUUUUGAUAGUGCAGUUUUUUUCCUCUGGCCACACCUGUGCAUUGACAUCUACCAACUGGAGGAACAUUUAACUUCAAAAAGUAUUUUUAUGGGAUUCUUAUCGGCGAAGAGAGAAGCGGGCAUAAGCUAAAAUGGUGAACUGGAGGCGGCUGCUGCGAAUGUCCAACCGAUCAUUUUUGGCCUUCAUAUUCAUCUUCUCCAUGUCCACCACUUGUCUCUACUUCAUUUACGUGGCUCCCGGAAUAGAUUAUCCUGAUGGCACUAACUCCAGUGAAUACCUGGCCCAACCAACUACUUACCUCCCUGAGAACUUUACCUACGCUCAGAACCUCCCUUGCCCAGAACGAUUACCUUCUAUGAAGGGCCUUAUGGAAGUAAAUAUGACAGAGGUCCCUAUGGAGGUGAUAGAAAUGAAGUUCUCCAAGUUUUUUGGCGUCGAGUUUGGAGGCCAGUGGAAACCAAAGGACUGUAGACCUCGCUGGAAGGUGGCCAUCCUUAUUCCAUUUAGAAAUCGCCAUGAACAUCUUCCCAUCCUUUUCCAACACCUUAUCCCCAUGCUUCAGAGACAGCGACUGCAUUUUGGCUUCUACGUCAUUGAGCAGAGUGGAAGCCAGCCAUUCAACAGAGCCAUGUUAUUUAAUGUGGGAUUCAUGGAAGCUAUGAAGGACUUGGACUGGGACUGCUUGAUUUUCCAUGAUGUUGACCAUAUCCCUGAAAAUGACAGAAACUACUAUGGUUGUGGUCAGAUGCCACGCCACUUUGCUGCCAAGCUGGACAAAUACAUGUACAUUCUUCCAUAUAGUGAGUUCUUUGGUGGUGUGAGUGGGCUCACUGUGGAUCAGUUCUGGAAGAUUAAUGGUUUUCCCAAUGCAUUUUGGGGUUGGGGUGGAGAGGAUGAUGACUUAUGGAACAGGGUUCAGUAUGCCGAUCUGAAUGUGACACGACCAGAGGGGGAGAUUGGCAAGUAUAAAUCAAUUCCUCACCAUCACAGAGGAGAGGUGCAGUUUCUUGGGAGGUAUAAACUCCUAAGAUAUUCCAAAGAGCGGCAACACUUGGAUGGUCUCAACAACUUGCGUUACAGUCCACACAUCUCGCUUAGUAGUCUCUACAAGAACAUCUCUGUGGACCUUUAUCCUGAGCUUGCCCCUAUCACAGAGUACUGAACUGACCCAGCCACAUCUUCCUGCACUCCCUGAGCUCACCCUGUUCUCUUCCAGUCUGACCUCCUGGUGUUAUCUUCAGCAGUUCAGAGGUAAAGCUGUGGAGAAGAGGUGGCACAGGCUCUGAGGGAUAAAGAGAAGCGCCAUAUAAUGCUGCCAAGAAAUCUUGCUGUGGAAAAAAUCCAAUCCAAAUAAAAACGUUUUUUUGCGUUUCAAAGGCAGUGGCUAGUUUCUAAAGAUGAACAAUUCAUUCUGUGUGUCAGUUGAAAAAUGUGUGGGUGUGCUGAGUGUGAAUUGAUGGGUUUGUUGCUGCAUGUCAUUUUGUUUGUACCAGCUUAACUACAAGUCGACAUUAAUCUUGAGCAGCAGUGAUCUCAACUCUAAUGUUUACUGCAAAGCCUUAAUGUGGCAAAACCACAGCUCCCUGCUCUCGGCUCUGCACUGCUUCACGUCUGAUGUAUAAAACCAUCACCUUACAAGCCAAUAAACAUGUUUGGUUUUUUUUCUCAACUUUUAUUUUAUUUGUUUGAUACAUAUCAUUUUGUUAUAACAGUAAUCUUUUUAAAAGAGGGACACACUGUUAACAUUUAUAUACAUAUAUAUGUAUGAUGUACAUUUUUUUUCU